AUGAACCCAGAAACGAAACCCGCUAUCAUCUGCCUCCACGGCCACGGCAGCAGCGGGGAGAUCUUCCAAGCCCAGUCCCAAAAUCUCACGCGAGUCCUAUCCCCCCACUUCCGUUUCCUCUUCCUCAACUCGCCCAUCACAACGGCCCAGGCUGGCGUCGGCGUGCCGCUCUACUACGCACACAUAAAGCCGUACAGACGGUGGCAUCAGGACAGAAACACAAUCGGGCUAUUCGACGUCACAGUGGAAGAUGUCGAGCGUGAACGCCGGGUUGUACGGGAUUCAUUGAAGGAUGUUAUUGAGCGCGAGCGCCGAAAUGGACCGGGGGCCGGGGUUGUCGGCGUUAUGGGGUUUAGUCAGGGGACGAGGGUUGCGACGGCGGUUUGUCUUGACCCUGAGCUGGGGAGGGACAUCAAGUUUGCGAUUAUGAUUUGUGGGAUUUGUCCUUCGUUGCCGUUGAGUGCUGCUGAGACGCAGGUAUCGCGGCCGCUAGAUAUUGUGUCUGUCCAUGUUCAGGGGAGUGGUGAUCCGUGGUUGGCCAAGGGAACCAGGUUGUCGAAGCAGUAUUUUAAUCAGAGGCUUGCGACGGUGGUCAGGUUUAAGGGGGGGCAUGAGAUUCCGGUGAAGACGGGCGAUGUGCAGAAUAUUGCUGAGGUUAUGGCGGAGUAUCGGGAUCGGGAUCGUGGUGAGUAUGACUCCGUGCCGGCUGUUGAGGUUGCGAGUGAGGUUGCGGCUAGAAUGGUAUCUGCCUAG